AUGGCCGCGGCCACCUCUAACCCCUACCUCCCCGGCAACGGCAUCCUGGCGGCCGGCUCCAUCGUCCACCCGGACUCGGGCGGCGGCGGCGGCGGCGGCGGCGGCGGCGGCGGCAUGCAGCCGGGCAGCGUGGCCGUCACCUCGGUGGCGGGCGGCUACCGCGGCGACCCGGCGGCCAAGAUGGUCCAGAGCGACUUCAUGCCGGGCGCCAUGGCCGCCAGCAACGGCGGCCAUAUGCUGAGCCAUGCCCACCAGUGGGUGACAGCCCUGCCCCACGCCGCCGCCGCCGCCGCCGCCGCCGCCGCCGCCGCCGCCGAAGCGGGCUCGCCCUGGUCCGGCAGCCCCGUGGGCAUGACGGGCAGCCCCCAGCAGCCGCCGCCGCCGCCGCCCGACGUCAAGGGCGGCGGCGGGCGCGACGACCUGCACUCGGGCGCGGCGCUGCACCACCGGCCGCCCCACCUGGGCCCCCCGCACCAGGGGCACCCGGCGGCCUGGGGGGCGGCGGCGGCGGCCGCCCACCUGCCCUCCAUGGCCGGCGGGCAGCAGCAGCAGCAGUCGCUCCUCUACUCGCAGCCCGGGGGCUUCACGGUGAACGGCAUGCUGAGCCCCCCCCCCGGCGGGCAGAGCCUGGUGCACCCGGGGCUGGUGCGCGGCGAGACGCCGGAGCUGGGCGAGCACCCCGGGCACCACCACCACCACCACCACCAGCACCCCGGGCACCACCCGCCCCACCACGGCGGCGUCAACAGCCACGACCCCCACUCGGACGAGGACACGCCGACCUCCGACGACCUGGAGCAGUUCGCCAAGCAGUUCAAGCAGCGGCGGAUUAAGCUGGGCUUCACCCAGGCCGACGUGGGGCUGGCGCUGGGCACCCUCUACGGCAACGUCUUCUCGCAGACCACCAUCUGCCGCUUCGAGGCCCUGCAGCUCAGCUUCAAGAACAUGUGCAAGCUGAAGCCUUUGUUGAACAAGUGGCUGGAGGAAGCCGACUCCUCCACCGGCAGCCCCACCAGCAUCGACAAGAUCGCCGCCCAGGGCAGGAAGAGGAAGAAGCGGACCUCCAUCGAGGUGAGUGUCAAGGGGGCCUUGGAGAGCCACUUUCUGAAAUGCCCCAAGCCCUCCGCCCAGGAGAUUACGAACCUAGCGGACAGCCUGCAGCUGGAGAAGGAGGUGGUCAGGGUUUGGUUUUGCAAUCGGAGGCAGAAAGAGAAACGGAUGACCCCCCCGGGGAUCCAGCAGCAGACCCCCGACGAUGUCUACUCCCAGGUCGGCACCGUCAACUCCGACACGCCGCCCCCUCACCACGGACUGCAGACCAGCGUGCAGUGAGGGGCACCGCGGGCGGGCCGGGGGGGGCGCGGGGGCUGCUGCGCGGGCCGGGCCGGGCCGGGCCGGGCCCCGCCACCGGCCCCGCCACCGCCGCCGGCACCGCCAGCGGCUCCGGCACCGCCGCGCACCCACACCCGCACGCUCACACGGACACACUCACACGCACGCACGCACACACACACACACACACAGACACGCACACACACAGGCGGACACACACCCGCACGCACACACGUACACACACGCGCGCGCGCGCGCGGGAUCCAGGCUCGUUCAGACUGCUUGUGUUUAUAUAUAUAUGGAUAGAUGCGUGCAUCUAUAUAUAUAUAAGAUCGAUACCGACAGGGAGCGGUGGAGAAGGUCGAUCCGAGCGAGAGCGUUUAGACCGUGUUGGGAAAACGGGGUGGAGAUGCGUAAUGCACCAAAACUGCAGAUGUGCCGGGGGGUUGGUUGUGGGGAGAGGGCUUGGGCGGGUGGGCUGGGGCCUUUUUUUUUUUUUUUUAAUUAUUAUUAUUAUUAUUUUUAUUAUUAUUUUUCACUCUCCAAAUUAGCCCCCUCUCGCAGCGAGGAACACCACUGGUGUCUGCACCUCUUCUCUCCCCUCCUCCCCCCCCCCUCCUCCCCGCACUCUCCCCCCUAUCCCCAAAAGGGCUCUCUUUUAUGAAUCACAGAAACUUUUUUCUCCUUUCUCUCUCCCUCCUUUUUUUCACCCCCCCCCCUUUUCUUUUUUUUCCCUUUUUGAAUGGGAGCGAUCCGAAAAAAAAAAAUUAAAAGGGAAGCAGAAGCAAAAUAAUCUGGUUAAUCAGAGGGUGCCUGCUGCAUUCCAGCACCCUGUUUUUCUUGGCCAAACCGUAGAAUUUUGGUGCAAGGCAGACAUCCACUCUGAAAACAUAUAUAUCUCUAUAUCUAUAUAUUCUGCAAAAUGAAAGGGGCCACUUUUUCCAGGAAAAAAAAAAAAAAAAAAGAUAUGCACACAGCACUAAAAACAAGCAGACUGCAUAGGGAAGCAAAUACAUAUAUAUAUAUUUAUCUAUAUAUAUAGGUAUAGCUAUAGAACAAAAAUAUGGAAAUAAACGCCCGCACGCCGAAAAACUGACCCCGAGGAGAAAGGGGGGAGGGACAGACGCCGGGGGGGGGAGGGUGGGAGAAGGAGAGGUUGUUGGUCCCUAAAGUUCGAGCUCUGUAGAAGGACUUUGCAUGAAUUAAGGGAACCAGCGAGAGAAAGGGAAAUAAUUUAGGGCUGUCAAAGUCCUGCUCCUGACGGCUGCCAAUCAUCAUGGAAGAGUCAUAAAAAAAAAAAAAAAAAUCCACUGCUAGUAUUUUUUUUAUUAAUAUUUUUAUUUUUUAUUUCUGGACUGAUUCAGAUAAAGGGAUUUAGAAGGACUGAGCAUCUGCAGCUGCACUUAUCUGAACUUCUCCUCUCCCAAAUCCGUUGCCAACUUUGAUUGAAUGGGUGCUGUGGAUGUGAUUAUAUAAUACUGCCAUUUCCAAGCAGUGUUUUUGGUAGGUUUUAAUAAACAGACUUUUCAAAAAGACGGCAAUAUAGAAUUGUUAGAUCCGUUGUUGAUCUAAAAAAAAUUUGCUUUAUAUUUUCAUUAAAUGACUUCUUUUAAUAUUUUAUUCAGAAUACCUAUGAACUGCUGCAAAACGGUAAUUUAUUUUUUCCCCAGAUCUUGUAUUACGUGUUUUUUUCAGACGAGCACAAAUCAAAAUGAAAUGAAAAUAUGGACAGUUGUUAGGUAAUAAGGGUAUCUUUUGAUGUGAUAAUUUGAUUGUAAUUUAAUUUGAGUAGUGAUUCCGUAAGAGCUGAUUGAGAAAAUAAAUUUGUUAGAAUGAAA